CCAUGCACAACCUAUCACUUGUAUACAUUUGGCAGUUGGCACUCCUUUGAGCAACACGAGCGCAGGCCUUCCGGCCCUUUCUAUUCCCUCUAGCUCUCUGCUUGCCUCUCCUCCCCUCCUUCCGUUCCCCUCUCUCUCCCCCUGCCGAGGAAGAGAGAUGCUGAGAGCAUGACAGGGUUCCUCCAAGCUCACUGCUAGCUAGACGCCUAGACCAGCUGAGGCGCUAGCUGGUUACUUCCAACGACUGCAAGUUAUUUCACAAAGGCGUACGUACUAGAGAGAUCCGGCCUGUACAUUCAUUUCUCCAUUGCAUGGGUAGCGAAGGCGGCGGUGGCGACGCGGCGAGCGUACAGGAGCUUCAUGACUUCAGCAACGUCGCGUCCUUCUCUGAGUUACCGUUCCUGCGCCCCGCCCCGCCCCGUAAAAGCCCCAACUCCGGUAUCCGCAUCUUCGGCAUCGACGUCCCUCACUCAUCAUCUGAGGGCAAGGCUAAAGAAGCCACCGCCACCGCCACGGUUGCCGCCGCCGCUGCUGCCACACAAAGCAGCAGUGGCAGUGCCAUCGCCGCUGCCCCCGACAGCAGCCGCAAGUUCGAGUGCCACUACUGCUGCAGGAACUUCACGACGUCGCAGGCGCUCGGAGGCCACCAGAACGCGCACAAGCGCGAGCGGCAGCACGCGAAGCGGGUGCAGAUGCAGACCGCGAUGGCCGCCGCCGCCGCCGCCGCGGCUGGCGGCGCUCACCACCACCACCUCCUCGGCUACCCGCAGCACCGGUACGGCGUGACAGGCCCCACGGUGGCGACAUUGUACCCGUCGUGGCCCACGGUGAGGGGUCCAAGCGGCGGCGGAGGCCUCGCCAUCGGCCCGCAGUUCUACAGCGGAAUCGGGUCGAUCACUCAGCCGAUCAACGGGAACGCCCUGACGGCUGGGUUCUGGAGGGGGCCGCCUGCCGUGCAGCACGGGAACACGAGCAUGCCGCCGGGUGGAGAGCGGCGGCCGGUUGCGCUGUCCGUGUUCCGAGGAGACGAACCGAGGGCUUCAGCUUCUCUUGUGGCGUCGUCCUCAUCUUCCUCUUUGCUGCUGUCUCCACAAGGUCAGUUUGUCUGUGAGCAGCCAGCGAACACCGCAUCCGAGGGUGUGAGCUUAGAUUUACAUCUAUAAUUGUUUCCUUUUCUCUGCUGCUUUUGGUGGAUUACUCCAAAAACUGAUUUCCCCAUCUUUUCCUUCCCUGAGAUUACCAUUCACUGAAUUCAGAUC